AUGCUGAAUACACCUCAAGUCAGCCUCGCACACGAACUUUGGCUGGCAAUCUUCGAACAUCUUCCUAUCAGAACGCUUCACGACGUUGCCCUCACUUGCCAGUUAUUUCGUCAUCUCGCGCAACCUCUCUUAUUUCGCUCCCUGACAUUCUGUCCCUACUCUCUGGACACCGAUAACCAGCGCUACAUUGCCCGCAUCGAAACUGUAGAGCGUACAAAGCAACGCAUACAAUUUUGUUCCUCAGCACGCAUCGCUCACGCUGUUCGGGAAUGCAAAUUUUACCCCCGGUAUAUUGUUGGUGCCGUGCUCAACACGGAGAUUGCAUAUAAUGUGCUUCUGGAUAUGCUGCUCGACACCCUACCGCUUCUCAUCAAUCUCCAAUCACUAUCGUUCAUGUUCGUAGACCUCAGUCAGUCUCAGUUAUUGAAACUGUGCGCACUACGAAGCCUUGGGACCCUUUUCUUGGGAAACUGCAGAGUGGAACAUGUCCAGUCCCUUCCACCUUCCAAAUUGCAGGUCUCUGACUUGACCAUCAUCUGCGAUAACAAACCUAGCAUGUUUGAGAACGACCAUAACGAUUACGGACUAUCUGUUUUCUCACCCGACCACCUCCGUUCCGUUUCCAUAAUUAACCCAGUCGCAGCCUCACAAUUCCUAAACAAUGUCCUAGGAAACACAUCACAAAGCCUGACGCAACUCCGAUGCCUCGCAUUACCUUGUAAUUUAGAAGUUGUGCGCGCUUUCCGCUCGUUGCUUCAUCUUAUCCCAGAGCUGGCCGAACUCAAGUUCGCCCGCCCCUCUCAAAUCCAGCACAGCCUUCCCAAAGACGAAACGUUCUCCCUAUCUACGUAUUCCCGUCCACUCAAACCCCUCUCGAAAUACCAAGGUCCUCGUCAACUUUUGCCCCACUUUGUUCGCCCUGGUGCGCUGGAACAUCUUACCUUGUGGAGUACACGCCCCGUGUCCACUGAUGGUUCAAUGAAUCCCAGUGAACUGCAUGGAGCACUUGUGGGAGGUGAUGAACUCGUGGAUGUGUGCGAUCCGGAGGUCCUCAGGACUGUACAGAAGCUAGAGUUGAGCGUUACGCAUGUCAAUGCCCUAGUGCUCAAUGCUAUUUGCGCCCGCUUCCCAAUAUUGCAAUCUUUAUAUGUGUAUGUGGGAAGAGGCUUUUUUGCUGAUGCUGCCACACAAGCGUGGAACCCCGAGAUGAUAAUGGACGCCCUGUUGACCCUCCCCCUUCCCUCCACAAUUCAGCGUUUACGACUCUCCUCGCAUUCGGCUGUGCCGCGCAUUGUACUCGGGACAGAUACCCGUCUUGCAAAUUGCAAACGGGACCUUAUGGUAAAGUAUCCUAAUUUAACUUUUGUUUCUCUGGAUGAAUCGGACAUUAACCUGACGUGGGGUGGGGAUCGAAUGCUCGAUUGA